UUGCCAAUAAAGCACAGUUGGAUCUUUGUAGUUGAAUGGGCAAGAACUACCUAUCUGCGAAUUGUUUCAAAAUGGUGAAAGUGAAAGAAUUCUGUUGCGGGUUCUCUCUUCGAAGUGGAACCUAUAUUGCAGCAUGGGGUUUACUAGUAUGGAGUUCUUAUCUAUUUAUACAGGCUGUGUAUUAUUAUAUGCACAUUCAACGUCUGUUUACACAAUACCAUAUUUCCGAUUCCGAAGUACCAAAAUCAUGGUCUCUGUUACCGUAUUUACUUGCCUAUGACGUCACAAGGACCACUACUGGGAUAACGGUUUCUCUAAUAGCUAUAUGGGCACUUCAAAAGAACAAGUCCAAAUUUUUAAACGGUCUUCUAUGGUACCUAUAUUACUCCAUAACUUUUACAAUACUUGAGGAGAUAUUGUUAAUAUUCGCAUUUGAUUUGGAAACUUUUUUAUUGCGGUUAAAUCCGACAGUUCGUAACUAUCUUCCAUUUGACUCUGAGUCUGAGGGAAGUGAUGAAAUCGCGUUGGUUUUCUUGAUUUAUUUAUUUGGAAUAGGAGCUGCAUCUUAUUUUACGUUGAUUGUGAAAUCCUACAGAGAUUAUUCAUUGAGAAAUGAAGCUCACAAUGUUCAAUAUGUCGGCCCGGAUGCAACAACUAUUGGGUAUAUAAGAUCAUAGUUAAAUAGAUAGGUACUUUACUAAUUAAUUUAAGUACAAUUUGUACAAUCUAGGUAUGGUUUUGCUUCAAUAUUCAAUGUCACUUGGAUGUACAAGUUAUUGAAAAACCAAAUCAUAUUUUAUUAUAGUCUUAUACUAAUCAUUUGUGUUUGUGAACACGUUUUCUAUUUAAAAAAUAAUAAUUGAUUAGAGCCUAUUCAUUUUUGAAAAUGAAAGUGUUUUGUCAAUCAACUGUCAUCUUGACACUUAUACCUAUCAACAUUGAAAUUUGUAAUCAUAAAUUACAGACACAUUUUUGUCGUAAAUUUUUUUGAGUAGGUACCUACUUAUUCAUUUAUAUCUCGAUUUCUUCAAUGUGUACAGGUUUAGGUACCAUAAUGCAUUACUCACUAGUGGUGGGUAGAAGUUCGCACGUGACGGAAAUUUUAUUGACGGGAAAAAAUACAAUCAAAAUUAUAAUACAUAUGUAAAAAAAUAUAGUAUUCUUUAUCAAAUCAACCCACACAACAUUAUAAACUAGCAGAGAUCGCCAAUAAAGCACAGUUGGUUCUUUGUAAUUGGGCAAGAACUAUGAACUAAGUAUCUGCGAAUUGUUUCAAAAUGGUGAAGGUGAAAGAAUUUGGUUGCGGGUUCUCUCUUCGAAGUGGAACAUAUAUCGUAGCAUGGAGUUUACUAGUAAGUUCUGUAAAAAAAUUUCAAGAGUGCUGUUUUGUUUUUCAAAAUAGGUAAUCAUCUCAUUUACUUAAGUAAUUCGUCGUAUCGCUUUUUACACAGUUUUUCCAUUACUGUAUUUACUUGCCUAUGACGUCACACGGACCACUAUUGGAAUGACGGUUUCUCUAAUAGCGAUAUGGGCACUUCAAAAGAACAAAUCCAAAUUUUUAAGCGGUCUUCUAUGGUACCUGUAUUUCUCCGUAACUUAUACAAUAUUUAAAGAGAUAUUGUUAAUAUUUGCGUUCGAUGUGGCAAGAAUUUUAUCGAGGUUAAAUCUGGCAUUAUAUUGGUAUCUUUCGUCUGAGACAAGUGAUGCAAUCGCAUUGAUUUUUUUGAUUUAUUUAUGUGGAAUAGGAGCUGCAUCUUAUUUUGCAUUGAUUGUGAGAUCCUACCGAGAUUAUUCGUUAAGAAAUGAAGCUCACAAUGUUCAAUUUGUCGGCCCGGAUGCAACAACUGUUGGGUAUAUAACCGCAUAGUUAAGUAGAAGAUACUUACUUGAUAAGUAAAUUAAAGUACAACCCGUAAAAUGUAUAGUUUUGCCUCAAUAUUUAUGUCUUUUAGAUGUACAAGUUGAUGAAAAAUAAAUCAAAUCAUAUUUUCUUAUAGUCAUAUGCUAAUCAAAUGUGUUUGUGAAAGUAUUUUCUAAAAUUUGUCGAUUUGAAUUACUAAUGUCCUAAAACCACCUCCAAUUGAUUUGGUGCGUUCAAAAUAUGGUAAAUAAUACUUAGGUAUCUAAGAAAACUUAUAUGAGUUAUAUGUCUAUUUAUAUUUUCAAAAAUUAUCCAAAAAUUAGACUUCAAAAUCAAAGUGAACUUCAGAUUUCUUUAUAGGUUGGUAGGUACCUAAGGGUAAGAGCAGAGAUGUUGCAAUUCUCAGGCUAAAAGAAUCGCGGUUCUCAAACGUGUGAUUCUAUGAUUUUUAUAAUAGAAUCUCUUGCAUUUGCGGUUCCUUAUGCAUAGGAACUGCGGUUCUUCUCUCAGUUUUCAUUUUUGCGAUUCCCAUUUUUUUUUCAAAUUUUGAAAACAGACCAAUAAGUAUUGAGCAAAGCAACAAAAGAAAUUUCACAUUAGGUACUCUUUAGUUGUAGACCUAGGCGUCUAGGUACUAAUUAGGGGAAAAUUGAAGAAUCCAACUGAAGAAUUUCACAUUUAUUUGGCUAAAUCUUGAAAAUUUGGGAACUGCAGCAAUUGCAGAGAACUGCAAAAUUGUGUUUUGCGAUUUUCUUGAUGAGAGAACUACGAACUGCGGCUCUGCGGUUCUAUAUUAGAGAAUAUUUACGCGAUUCAAAUCGCAACAAUCCUUGGUAAGUGUACCAAAUAUCGACCCCCUCCUUAAAUCGGACUCCCCCCUCUAACUCUCCUGAUAAUGCCACAAAAUUUUUGGAAAGCCAUUUUUCUUAUUUAUUUUUCACAGAAAAAGCGAAGGAGGCCAAAAUCACCGUUGUAAAGCCAAAUGGAGAGAAAUGACAAGCAAAAAACAAAAAUCAGAAAGUCAACAUUAAAUUUUAAAUUUUGUUCGAAGUGAGCUAGUAAAAAUAGUUCUUAGUGGAUAAAUUUUGUGUUAAUUUUUAAUUAAAGCUGACACUCGAACGAAUAAUUAGUGCUAAUUACUAUUUGGAUAAUUUCAUCGGUGAGUUUACGAAUUUCUGGUCAAAGUUACUUAUAUGAAGUGCCCUAAAUUCGCCCCCCCCAUUGUUUUAGCAAUUUCAAGACUUUGUUUUUUGCUACAGACUUGCCAAAAGAUAAACCAAAAUCGUAAGAAAUGGGCCGAAGUUUCCAGUAAAAUGUUCUAAGGUACUUACACCUAUGUUGAUAUUUCGAGUAAUAAAUAUCAUUCUGUUUUAAACUUUUCAGACUCUGAUUUUGGUGUUUUUUACUCGUUUUUAAAUUCUAACACGUUUUUUGAAGGGGUCCAUAUUUGGUUCACUUUUUUUUGUUGAAUUUUUGAACUUUUUUGGAAAAUGUAAAAAAAAGAUUGUAAUUGAAAAUGUUGUGUCUUGGGCAUGGAUGGAAACCGAAAUGAAAAAAAUAUCGGUUAUUUUUUUAGUGGUUAGGUAUUUUUUUCAAAAUUAUUUAUGAUGGUUACGGUUAAGGGUUACGGUUUUGACCCAAAAGAAUAAAGGUUAAGGUUAAAAAUAAAGGUUACGGUUUUUUUCAUUUAUCAAAAAUUAAUUGCACCUCAAUGUCAAAAAAGUGCGCCUGCGGCCAAAAAAAACGAGAAAAAAACGCAAUUUUACAGCCAUUUUUUGAGUUUGAAGAAAAUUUUAGACAAAUUGAGCCCUUUUUUUCUCAAAAAUCGUAAUAAAUGUCAUAUUUUACACACAAAAAAAGAGCGUUUUACUCAAAAAAAUAACCGUUAUGUGUUUAACCAAAACAAAAAAAUAAAUCGGUUAAGGUUAUGGUUAAAAAAUUUCAAAUCAAUAAUAUUGGUUAUGGUUACGGUUACGGUUACAGUUUUUGCCUCAUUUUAGUGGUUAAAAUUCAUUUCGGUUAAAAAUUUCGGUUACGGUUUCCAUCCCUGGUCUUGGGGCUUUGGGAUGUUGAAGUAGACAUGUCAAGCUAUCAUUUAAGCAAUCACCGACAUUUCCAGCUCAAUUUGGCUCUGAGAAAUUCAAAAAAUAAACUGGGGGGGGGAUUAUUCAGGGUACCACCCACAAUAAUUCCCGCAAAGAAAUCUUGGCUAUGUUAUUUUUUUUUUUGUGAUUUUCAACCCAAUGUGCAAAUUUUUUUGUGAUUUUCCACCUAAUUCGCGUAUAUUUUACCUAUACUUAUGCAAUAAAACCAUUUUCGACAGUUCA